AUGUCCCUUGCAGAGGAGAACAAACUGAUCCUUUUCCGUCAAGCUAUACUCACUGUCUACAGAGAACAGAAGGUGGAGAUUGCAAGUGCAAUCAAUAGGACAUUUCCUUUCCUGGAGUUGCUUCGAGAUCAUGGCUUCAUCAGCGAAAGGUUGUUUGAA